AUGGAGGGGAAGGAGAUUGAUAACUAUCGCCGGCUGACGUUUGCAGGAAUCACAGUGGCUGCUGUGGCAACAAUCACGUCCGUCGUCGUCGUGCCACUUCUGUUCUCAUACGCUCAGAACGUCCAUUCACAACUAGAGGUCGAACUGAAGUUCUGUGUGAUGAGUACGCACAAUUUAUUUGACGAAAUGAGAAAGGUAAGCCUCAGCUAG